CUUACUUCUUCUACAUGCUGCGCAACUGGGCCUUCAACAGGAUGAACCCUGAAGUCCCGCAAAGGCACGACUCCUUCCUGGAGCGCUUCCGAGGCCCUGAGCUCAAAGAAAUGUCCGGCUGCAAAAGCGACGGCCAGUCCCUAGACCGCAACGGCACAAUGCACCGGAAGAAUCUUGGCAAUAAGUGGCCGCUAGCUACUUACAACAUGAAUAACUGCAACAACACAGAUGAUCAGAAGAAUUCAAAGCCCAAGAUUGUACCCUUUAGCAAAAAGGAAGACAAGAAAGAGGAGAUUAAAAAAGACCAGGAUGACAAAAAGGAUGAAAAGAAGGAUGAGAAAAAGGAUGAGAAGAAGGAUGAGAAGAAGGAUGAGAAAAAAGAUGAUAAGAAAGACGACAAGAAGAAAGAGGAGCCCCCGAAGGAGAUCUGGAUUAUGGACCCGGCUGCAGACAUGUACUACAAGUGGUUGACAGUCAUCGCUGGCCCAGUCUUCUACAACCUGAUAAUGAUUGUCACCAGGGCCUGUUUCAACGAACUCCAGGACCGGUUCACAAAACUUUGGAUCUUCUUAGACUACACCGCAGACUUCAUCUACUUCACGGACACAUUUGUCCGGUCAAGAACAGGCUACCUGGAACAAGGUCUGCUGGUGAAGGACGCUGCGAAGCUGCGAGCCAAAUACAGGACGACGUCGCAGUUCAAGUACGACAUGAUUUCCAUGAUCCCCACCGAUCUGCUCUUCUUCAAAUUCGGAUUCAACAACCCAGAGUUCCGAUUCAACCGCCUCUGCAAGAUUUCCAGGCUUUUUGAGUUCUUUGAGAGGACUGAAACGAGAACCAGCUUCCCCAACAUGUUUCGUAUUAGCAAUCUCGUGCUCUAUAUCCUGAUCAUCAUCCAUUGGAACGCCUGCAUGUUCUUUGCCAUCUCCAAGACAAUUGGUUUCGGCACAGACACUUGGGUAUACCCCAACAUCAGUCACCCGGAACAUGGCCGCCUGGCCAGGAAGUAUAUCUACUCCCUCUACUGGUCCACCCUGACCCUCACCACCAUCGGCGAGACACCCGCGCCGGUGAGAGACGUGGAAUACCUCUUUGUCAUCGCUGAUUUCCUCACCGGUGUGCUGAUUUUCGCCAGUAUCGUCGGAAACGUCGGAGCCAUGAUCUCCAACAUGAACGCCUCCCGCGCUGAGUUCCAGGCCAAGAUCGACUCCAUCAAGCAGUACAUGCAGUUCCGUAAGGUUACCAAAGACCUGGAGGCCCGGGUGAUCAAGUGGUUCGAUUACCUGUGGACGGAGAAAAAGACUUGCGAUGAGAAGGAAGUUCUGAAGAACCUGCCGGACAAGCUCAAGGCUGAAAUCGCUAUCAACGUCCAUCUUGACACACUGAAGAAGGUGCGCAUCUUCCAGGACUGCGAGGCGGGACUCCUUAUCGAGUUGGUGCUCAAGCUGGAGCCUCAAGUCUUCAGUCCGGGGGACUACAUCUGCAAGAAAGGUGAUAUUGGCCGGGAGAUGUACAUCAUCAAGGAGGGCAAGCUGGCAGUGGUGGCCGACGACGGCGUCACGCAGUUUGUGGUCCUCAGCGAUGGUGCAUACUUUGGGGAAAUCAGUAUCCUGGGCAUCAAGGGCAGCAAGGCCGGGAACAGGAGAACGGCCAACAUCCGAAGCGUGGGUUACUCUGACCUGUUUGCCCUCUCCAAGGACAACUUGAUGGAGGCGCUUACCGAGUACCCAGAUGCCAAGAAAGCCCUGGAAGAGAAGGGCAAGGCCAUCUUGAUGAAGGACAACCUGAUUGACGAGGCUGUGGCUAAUGCCGGGGCAGACCCCAAGGACCUGGAGGAGAAGCUGAGCAGGCUGCAGGAGAACCUGGAAGCCAUGCAGACCAAGUUUGCUAAGCUCUUGGCUGAAUUCACCUCCAGCCAGACACGCAUGAAGCAACGGGUCACCCAAAUGGAGGCCCAGGUGAAGGCGGUCAAACCUGAGGACCUCUCAGAAGUGGUGGCCGAUAACGAUAAGAAGGUUCAGUGA